AAUCAAUUAACAAAGUGGUUUUCGGGGACAGGAAAAAAGACCCACGUCGUUGACCGUUCAGGGGCUAGCCAGGUUAAAAUUUCAUGGUGCCCUCUCACCGCUCUCUCCGUUUGAAGCCUGCUGAACGCCACCCGAGUUGCGCCAUUUUGAAAGUGUAAAUGCUAGGAGAGGCAGAGGCGAGGGAAAUCUCAAAGUAGAGUGCAAAGUCUAAAAGCUAGUGCUGAGGUUUGCAAUUUACUUUCUUUGGCUGAAAACUGCUUCGUGCUGUCUGUAUCAACCGGGCCACGGACUAGUGCGGUCUUCGGAGUUACGAGCAGCAAUCCCCGCUUCAUUCCUCCACUGCUCCUCGGUCAGAACCACCCAGCCGACCCGGGUCAACACUGCUCCAGUCCAGGGCCCGAGCCCGCUACAGAGAUCCCCUCUGUCUGAGUCGCUCACCAUGGCAGGGGCCGGUGGUGGGAACAGUGAUGUGCAGUGGUGCUUUUCACAAGUCAAAGGAGCCAUAGAUGAUGAUGUCGCAGAAGCUGAUAUCAUAUCUACGGUUGAAUUCAACCACUCUGGGGAGCUACUAGCCACUGGGGACAAGGGGGGUCGUGUAGUCAUCUUUCAGCAGGAACCAGAGAGUAAGGAUCAGCCACAGUGCCGGGGAGAGUACAAUGUUUACAGCACCUUCCAGAGCCAUGAGCCUGAGUUUGACUACCUGAAAAGCCUUGAGAUCGAGGAGAAGAUCAACAAAAUUCGAUGGUUGCCGCAGAAAAAUGCAGCACAGUUCCUUUUGUCUACAAAUGACAAAACCAUAAAGCUGUGGAAAAUUAGUGAGCGCGACAAGAGACCAGAGGGCUACAACUUGAAAGAAGAGGAUGGGCGGUACAGAGAUCCUAAUACUGUCACAACACUACGGGUACCAGUAUUCAGGCCCAUGGACUUGAUGGUGGAAGCCAGCCCUAGACGAGUGUUUGCAAAUGCUCACACUUACCACAUUAACUCCAUCUCAGUCAACAGUGACUGUGAGACCUACCUGUCUGCAGAUGACCUGCGCAUUAACCUCUGGCAUCUGGAGAUCACUGAUCGCAGCUUUAAUAUUGUUGACAUUAAGCCAGCCAAUAUGGAGGAGUUGACAGAGGUCAUCACAGCAGCGGAGUUUCACCCCAACCAAUGCAAUACUUUUGUCUACAGCAGCAGCAAGGGCACCAUCCGCUUGUGUGACAUGAGGGCAUCAGCUCUGUGCGACAAGCACGCCAAAAUGUUUGAAGAGCCAGAGGAUCCAAACAAUCGUUCGUUCUUUUCUGAAAUCAUCUCAUCCAUCUCUGAUGUAAAGUUCAGCCACAGUGGAAGAUACAUGAUGACCCGCGACUACCUGUCUGUCAAAAUUUGGGAUCUCAACAUGGAGACCCGACCAGUAGAGACAUAUCAGGUGCACGAAUAUCUCAGGAGUAAGUUGUGUUCACUCUAUGAGAAUGAUUGCAUCUUCGACAAGUUUGAGUGCUGUUGGAAUGGGAAUGACAGCGUUGUGAUGACCGGUUCCUACAACAACUUCUUCAGGAUGUUUGACAGAGGCUAUCGGCAGGACGUAACCCUAGAGGCGUCGCGGGAGAACAGCAAGCCGCGAUCGGUCCUGAAACCUCGCAAAGUAAGCACGGGUGGGAAGCGCAAAAAGGAUGAGAUCAGUGUAGACAGUCUUGACUUUAACAAGAAGAUCCUCCACACUGCCUGGCAUCCCCUGGACAACAUCAUUGCUGUGGCCACCACCAACAAUCUGUACAUAUUCCAGGAGAAACUCAACUAGCAUUUGUUGAACCGCUCAGAUCCCAGUUUCUGUUUGAGCCCCACUGCUCUGAUACAAACAUAACAAACUAUCUGUCCGUCUUUGGCUAAAUCCCCAAGUCUUGGUAUGAUCUGCCCUUGGUGAUUUUAAGUAUUGAGUGUGACAGGACUUACUCUGUCAGCACAGUACAUCCAAACAGACCAUCACAAGCACAUAUUCCAUGUGUAUUACAAAUAUAUAAAUGCAGGGUUUGUAGAUCUGAGGCCAGACUUUGGGACUUAGUGUCAUGGGUUUCCCCCAUUAGAGUCACUCCAUUCACCAAGUUACCGUUUGCAACUCCACUACAUCCCAAACCAAAGGGAAAAUGUGUUAAAUACACAUAUUUGGCUCGUUUGUUUCCUUAUUCUUUGGUGCCAUCAUGACAUGAUUCAUUGUAAUAGCUAUCAAUUGUUGCUAAGUUUUUGUAGCUACCAUUUUAUUAGUUUGAAUAGGAAAUUAUUUCUGCUGUUUAUACAUCUUUCUCUCACCAUGUUCUUCCUACUAGCCUGAAACACUGCUAAUACAAGCCGUCAACACUCCGUAUUUGCUCCAAGUAUUUGUCAAGUUGCCAAGUUCACUUGUCAUGUCUUUCCUAAUAUACAGUAUGGUUAUGCUGUUAAAGGACUACUAUUUUGGCUCAUUCUCUUACAAUAACUUACAUUACUGCUAACCUUCGUCCACAGUAUACCAAUGUUUAUUACAUCAAAUUUUUAACUUCAAGGCAGCCACUGGUUUACAUUUAUUUCUCUACGGUAAGUAAAUCAACAUACUUGAGCCCGAUUUGAUGUGUACUCCACCACAGUGAGCUUCUUGUUGAAGUAAAUGGCCUAAAAUCAGCCAUUUUAAUGCAGGAAGUAAUAAAAUUUACUUUAUCCUUUUAACAGCAUCCAUGUUUGUCCUCUAGGUUAGAGAGACCAGAUACCUUGUAAAUGCAAUGGCUAUUGAGUGGCUGAAGCUCAGAACUUUACUGCUAGAGGAUCCUUAACAUAUCAGAUUCAGGUUUUCAAAAUGAUCCCAGGUCUCCGCAACACUACCAAAACCUGACUAAAUGUUCACUGAGAUGGAUUACUUAUCUCAAGCUCAAGCCUGUAAGUUGAUUUGUGUACUGAAAUGGCUAGAUUUAGAGAAAGUGAGCAGUAAUGUAUAUGUAAUUUGUAGUUAAUGGGCUAAAACAUUAAAGAAAAAAAUCUCAUGUAGUCCUUUAACGUGGACCCAAGAAUGGCGUCUGCACACAUUCGUCAGGUAUUGUGGUUUUGGGAGUUGAAUGGAGGCUAAUCAUGCCAAAGUAACCAGUCCUAUACCCUCUAAAGUUGGAUUAAUUUAAAGCUGUCUUGCAGACGAGGUGCCCCCCUGAUUAGGCCGGUCACCCCUUUCAUAUGUGUGGACCACCAUAUAAAGCUCAGGACAAAAGCUUAUAUACGUGGAAGGGCAUGGUGGCGUGCUGUGGCCGAAUUCUCUUGUGGUUUGUGGCACCAACAUUAAGUGCUGCUGUCAGCUUCCCCACAAAGCACGUUGUGUCGUCGUAGACUGAUCGCUUUACCCUCUGGAUCUAGUUUUUGUUUGUAGUUUUUUUAUGAUGUUUUGUACCGUACCUGAUAAAAGAAGAAAAAUCACUAUAGCUGAUUUAUUUUUGUAUAAAUUAAGGCAAUAGGAUUACAGUCUGAUCACUGUAGUUUCUUUAGAUGUCUAUCUCGGACUGAUUGUAGAUGGAAGGUCGCUUGAAGGUCAGGUAACCUUUUUGUAAUCUGAUUUUGGGACAUUUUGUUCAUUCUGGCAGAUAUUUGUUUGAAAGCUAGAGACUUUUUGUGACAUCAAGGAAGUGUGUUGUUUCUGAUGUGGAUGUCCAAAGAAAAGUAUUUUCAGGUGUCAGUACCUCUGUAGUCAUAAGCACUAUAACAGGUUUUUUUUUUUUUUUUUUAAUUUGGCUGACUGUAACUGAUGUUUAUGUAGAAUUUAAUUUGGACACUUCAGAAUUAGAUUCUGAGUUCAUUUGGAUCUUAAUGUUCUGUUUUUGUGCCAUGGUUUUGUUUAUGAAUCAUUUUGUUCGCUGUGAAAGAAUAGGUCCUAGUAGGCCUAAAUGGGAAAGGCAUUUUAAUCAACUUGUAAUGUUAAAACUGUUAAAUCAAUUUCUCUCUAAAACUAGUCAAGUCAAUUGACUAGGCAGAGUUACUGAUUCUGAAUUAUUGUAUGAAAUGUCUUAUCUCGCCUGUGAUGCAGGGGUAGCUCUCCUACACAGACUUGUUUAUUUAAAAAGGAGAAUUUGUGAAGCACUUGGUUUGUAGAUGAUUGUUGUAAUGGAAGCAGUCAUUAAUGACUGUACUGAACAUGGGAAAAGUUAACUCUGCUGUUUCUCUGCUACACUAUGCUUCAGCCACAUGCUGCCACUUCUCUUUGGAGCAGACUGGCUGGUCAUAGCACAGUUUUCCACUUCAUUACAAUUAUGUUCUGGUGACAGAUUAAGCCAUUGAAUCAGGGCAUGAAGCUUACUGGUCCACUGGAUCACAUUUAUGUGUUACUCCUACCAUAGAGAACUGAUUCCCAAUCACUAGGAUGCCAUCAAAAUAUCCACCCAUCUCCAUAUGUGGUGUUAAGCUACUGUUGAGUGUCUCUCUCUCAGGGCUCUGGGUAAUGUCCUCUAGAAAUAAGACACUUCUAAAAAAAUUUUACAACCAUAUGAUAAACACCUUUUCUUUAUUGUCUGAUGCAAAAUUGUGUUAGGGUUGUUCAAGUCAUUUGCCUCAUGUCAUAUUUGUAUAAACCUGUAUAAUGUGGCACCUUUGUCCCAUUCCACAGUCAAGGAUGAUUCAAUCAGUUAGCCACCAGUAAACAAGAAAAGGGAGUUGUCCAUUCAAAAAAUAUUAGAUCAGUGAUCAGCUUUGUCCUGUCAUUCAUUCAAAAUGAGAAAUGUUUGAAAAUGCAAAAUCUGUAUAGAAAUAGUACUGGAUCAGAAUUGGCAAGUGUACAUUUACAUUGACUUUUAUAAAAUCCAGUCUUUGCAGACGCAGCAGAGAUGGUCAUCACAAACUGUAUGAGUGUCACUGACAUUCAUAAAAAAAUAAACUAACCAAUAAUCUUUUUCACUUUCCCCUCAUGUCUCCAUAGCUAUUGUUCAAGGCUAUGGUAUAAACCACAAAGAUGUUUAGAAGUGCCCUGUUGCCUUUCUUAUAGCAUUAAGAAGAAAUAAGAUAAUCAAGUAUGUUUCUUGAACUUUCUGGCAUGCCAGACAGGAGACUGCUCAGGGGAAUUUACUGCUGCUCUGUGAUCAAAACCUUGUUCCUUCAAGAAGGCAGCAUUUCAGGAUAAACUGCCUUACUUACAGGUAGAUCCUACAUUUUUUACAUUCAAGUUUCUUUAUUGGCUUUUAAACAUGAACUCUGGGUCGACUAAACUCACCCUACAUACAGCAUAAAGGAUCAGGAAAUCUCAAAGAAACUGUCUUAAUUGGAGCUAUGAGGUUUUUCCACAGGCAGCAGCAUUAUAUACAUGUCUAAUGUAUCACAGGAGUUAAAACAAAAUGCACUUUUAUUUUUGUGAAUUCAUUAAUUUGUAUGUUCUUGUUUAUUUCUUUUUAAGGGGCUCUUGAAUAAAGAUUGUCGGAGAGUUUUGGUGAUCUGUUUAAAUGGUUCAUUGUACAGCUAUGUUUGUCUUUGUCAAAUGGAAUAAAGUACAGUUUAGAUGAAAAGUAAUAAAGAAUUUCAAACCUGAAUUCUGAAUAAAAAGAAUAAACUAC